AUGAAGUUUUUUGCUUUUCUUUUGACUUUAUACGGUGUAAUUAUAUCUAAACCAAUUGAAGAACAUGUUACAUUACCUUCUUGUCCAUUAGGAUCACGUCCAAUGUUAAGACCAGAUGGUGAACCAAGAAAAUGUUUACCACAUCAAUCUAAUCUUUGUCUUAAUGCUAUUGAUGAUAAUACUGAUCCUUCAACUGUUUGCUGUUGGCAUAAUCAAGUAGAUUACUUUUGUUGUAUUGAUGUAUCAAAAGAACAAUGUCCAUCAUACAGAAAUGUAACAGUUGUUAUUCAUAAUGCUUUUCCGCAAAAUCCAUUCUCAUCGAAAACUUUUCAUUUUCGUGAUGGUAUUGAAGAUGAUUUUAAUAUUGACAAUAAUAAUCUUCAAUUUUUGCGCGCAAGACAACGUUUUAAUUAA